AUGCGCCUUGGCACCUAUGCCCUUGCCAAGUGUUUGUUUAUGAUUGCCUGCUCUGCUAAAGGCAGAGAUGGAAGUCCUGACCGCAAAAGGCGGCGACUGUCUCCUGGAGCUGUUUGCCCAGGUGAUGCAGCAGGACCAAAGCUGGUGAUGGAUGUUGGUGCGAACUAUGGCCAAAGCAGCGAGCGAUACUUGGCUGCAGGCUUCAAGGUCGUGGCCGUGGAGCCAAAUCCCGCAGCUGCUGCGGGCCUCCGCGAUCGCCUGCAAAGUCAAGUGAGCGCAGGGAGCCUGGUGUUGGAGGAGAAGGCUCUUUGGAAUCAAACGGAUGCUUCCGGGGCCCCGGUGACUUCUGUCAUGCUGUACGUCAACAAGGAAGACUCUGAGUGGAGCAGCUGCCUGCGAAAUGUGGGAAGGAGAUACGACACAGAGGCCGAAGCCGUGAACGUGGAGACUUUGACCCUCGCUGACCUUUUCGUUCAACACGGAACCCCCUGGUAUUUGAAGCUGGACACCGAAGGAGCUGACGGCAUGGUUCUCCAGCAGUUGUCGGCUCUGGACUCGAAGCCGGCAUACCUCUCUUUCGAGCUGAAUAGUCUCGGCUACAUCUCACAGGCAUUCAAGCUUGGCUAUCAGGAAUUCAAGGUGGUUCCACAGAGCCGUCACAAAGCUGAGCAUCUCCAGGAUGAGCAUGGAAGGCCACUGACUCAUGCUGGCAAUUUCGGCGAGGAUGCAGUGGGAGUGGCCGGAGAAGGUUGGCAGGAUGAAGGAGCUACGCUGGAUCUCUGCCGCAGCUUGUGCUUGGUUCACGAUGCAGAGGCAGACGCACCCGCUUUCGCCAACGGCCCUCCGAGGUACGUGGACCGAGACUUCGCCACAUUGCGUGCAUGCUUUCCGAUCGAAAGUUUAAAUGAUGAGGAGUGGUACGACAUCCAUUGCCGACAUAGCUCUGUUAGCUCCUGCCGGCAGCCAGCUCGAAGCGGUGGACAAAACGCCGGAGCCAGAUCUGCCUCGCAGGAUUUGUUCGUAUGGUGCAGCCGCCACAGCUACUCCGCCCAUCCUAGCGAGAUGGCGUCCAAGCCGCUACCGGGAUGGGUUGCUUUCUCGACCUCGGGCGUCGGGGGCAUCUUUGGAUGGAUCUUUAUCCACCCCGUGAACACCCUGGCAAUUAGGAUGAACCUCGCGAGUAUGCAGAAUCCUGGAGCGAAGCUGAACCUCUUCACUUUUGCUAUGGACACCGUUCAGAAGUCCGGUUUCGCAAGCCUGUACAAUGGCCUGGGCGCUGGAAUUUGGAGACAGGUGUUCUACGCUAGCAGCAGGUAUGGCUUGUUCCAAGUCUUCCGAGAUACGCUGACCCAGUAUCGGGAGAUGGACUUCGCUGCCCGGCUCUCCUGUGCCACGGCCGCCGGCGGCCUCGCCGCGCUCUUCUCGUGCCCCUGCGAGGUCUCCCUGGUGCGGCUCUCCAACGAUGCGAGUCUACCUGAGGCGGAGAGGAGAAACUACAAGGGUGUGAUGGACUGUGCGCAGCGCAUUGCGCGAGAAGAGGGCGUCACUGCCUUCUGGCGCGGGAGCAUGCCGUUUGUCACUCGAGCCUGCCUGGUGGGGGCAACGCAGGCCUCCACAGAGGACAUGGGCCCGGGCCCCCGAACGGCCAACGUGACCCGCUCGGUCUCUGAGCCAUCGCAGAAGAUCCGACACGACUUGGAGGCGCCAAAGGACCCAACUGGACCUUUGGAGGCGCCAGUAGUGGACAUGUCGGAAAUGGUCACGCCCAGGAGAUCUGAACACUUUCCACACAACUCUCACUUGGUCUCUCCAGCUGCGUGUCCAGUGUCCCAUGCUGCAGAGAAUUGCACUCCGGAACACACUACCCAAAAGGGCCAUUCUGAGCGGAGAUGUCCAGAAAAGGCCAAGCGGCGGGUCACACAGGAACCGAAAGUGGCAGCUCCCAAGAAAGCUCUUCAAGCACUCUGGCAGCCCAGCGGCUCACCAGAUGCCUCCAGUGCCAAAGCCGUGCCGGCAAUCAGAGCACCAGCACCACAGACCUACGCAUCAAACUUCGCUCGAGCGCAGAGCUCACUGAAGGCGAGAAGUGCCGCUUCUAAGGCCCCCAUCGCAACCAAACCUCGGAUGCCCUUCACCGGGCAGUCUCGGGCCAAGGCCAAAGCAAAGCCCAAGACGACGCCCCGUGCGGCGUCCGCGACGGCCUUGAAAGCCCGAGCCGUGGGCUCUGCUCCAGGAGGCGGCACUCCUUUUCCUGGGCGGCUGAGGGACGAGAACGCCGCCCUCCAGGCGGAACUGGCACGAGCACUCGAAGUCCUUGCGGAGCUCGAGCGUUUGAAGGUCGCGGAUGCGCAGCAGCUCGGGGAUUUGGAAGUCAGACGACAGGAGCUUCUGCACUGGUCCUCAAGAGCACGUGCUGCUUUGGGUGAAGAGGAGAAUGAUCUCACUUCGCACCUCCGCCAGAUGGCAACAGACGCAGCUGAGGUCCGCCAGUCGCUGGAUGCUGCCCAACAGACCUGGCAGCAGCAAGGGUUGAGGUGCUCUCGGCCUGCGAGAGCUGCCACGAGCCGUCCGCGGGAUUUGAGCAGAGAAGACCUGACAGCAGACAGCCGCUGCGAGGCCAAGUAG